AUGGCGGCGCCCACCGGGCGGAUGCUAUACGCAAAGCGCGGCCGUGCCCGGGUGCCGGAAGCUUCGGGUCACGUGCAUGGGGCAUCAACCAAUAGGAGCGCAGAUAACGGGCGGAAGCGAGCGGUGGUAACGCCUCUCGGGCUGUUGGCGGGAGAACGCGGCGGCAAGAGAUGGACCCGGAGCCGCCCCCCCAUGGCCCCCCCCGUCCCCAAGCGGCCCCGCGCGGAGCCCUCGGGCGCCCCCUCGCGGUUCGAGGCGGAGCUGGCGGCGCUGGCGCGGAGCGAGAACGAGGCCGAGGGGGCGGGGCUGGAGGAGGCCCCGCCCCCCAGCGACAGCCGGGACCCGGGCAGCCUGUUCGUGGGGGAGGUGAACCCCAAGUGGCGGCGCCCGCCCCUCCCCGAGACCCCCCCGGAGACCCUCUGCUUCCUGCAGCUCGACAUCGACCACUAUGUGGGGUCCCCAUUACCGGGGAUGCCGGGGGCCACCCAGGGCCCCGUCCCCAUCCUGCGCCUUUUUGGGGUCACCGAGGGGGGGAACAGCGUCUGCCUGCACCUGCACGGCUUCGCCCCCUACUUCUAUGUGCUGGCACCCACAGGAGUGGGGGUGCAGCACCUGCAGGAGCUGAGCCAGGAGCUGGACUCGGCGCUGCUGCGGGAGCUCCGGGGCAGCCGGGAGGGGCUGAGCCGGGCGGUGCUGGGGCUGGAGCUGUGCCACAAGCAAAGUCUCCUGGGGUACCAGGGGGCGCAGCUGAGCCCCUUUGUGAAGGUGACGCUGGCGCUGCCCCGCUUGGUGCCCCCCGCCCGGCGCCUCCUGGAGCAGGGCCUGCGCUGGGGGGGGCUCGGGGUGCACCCGGCGGCCCCCUUUGAGAGCAACGUGGACUUCGAGAUCAGGUUCAUGGUAGACUCCGGCCUCGUGGGCUGCUCCUGGGUGGAGGUGCCGGGGGGGCUGUUCCAGCUGCGGGGCUCCCCCCCCGCCGUGGCCCCCGUGUCCCGGUGCCAGCUGGAGGCCGACGCGGGCUGGGGGGGGCUCCGGUGCCACCCCCCCGAGGGGCCUUGGCUGGGGCUGCCCCCCCUGCGCCUGCUCAGCCUGGACAUAGAGUGUGAGGGGCGCAAGGGGGUGUUCCCGGAGGCGGAGCAGGACCCCGUGAUCCAGGUGGGGGUGGCGGUGCAGCGCCACGGGGAGCCCGAGCCCUUCCUGCGCCUGGUGCUGGUGCUGGGCUCCUGCGCCCCCAUCCCCGGGGCCACCGUGCUCAGCUUCCGGAGGGAGACGGACCUGCUCCAGUCCUGGGCUGAGCUCGUGCGGAUCCUGGACCCCGACAUCAUCACCGGUUACAACAUCCAGAACUUCGACCUCCCCUACCUGAUGCAGCGCGCCAAGGUGCUCCAGGUCCACUCCUUCCCAUACCUGGGCCGCAUCCGGAACCAGCGCUCGGAGCUGCGGGAGGCGACUUUCCAGUCCCGGCAACUGGGACGGAGGGAGGGGAAGAUACUGGGAGCGGAGGGGAGGGUGGUACUGGACAUGCUGCAGGUGCUGCUCCGCGAGCACAAGCUCCGCUCGUACACGCUCAACGCCGUCAGCGCCCACUUCCUGCAGGAGCAGAAGGAGGACGUGCCCCACGGCAUCAUCAGCGACCUGCACCGCGGCUCGGCGCAGUCCCGCCGCCGCCUGGCUCUCUACUGCCUCAAGGACUCGGUGCUGCCCCUGCGGCUGCUGCAGCGCCUCUCGGUGCUCGUGACCCAGGCCGAGGUGGCGCGGGUCACGGGGGUGGGGCUGGGCACCCUCCUGUGCCGCGGCCAGCAGGCCAAGGUGGUGGCCCAGCUCCUGCGGCAG